UCUCAUAUCAAAUACUGUAAUUACUUUGUCAACGAUUAUUGUACGGAUGGAUGGUUAUUUUGUUAGAAAAUCAAAAACUCGCUUUGCUCGAUCGUUUCACAGAAAUAAUAAACGUCGCCCUAUUCUUCGGACAGAAGUACGGUACUGUAUGGUAUAAUGUAGUUUGUAUGCUUCAUAGUGAAAUUACAUACGGUAAGUCAGUGAAAAUGGCGCUGGUAAUUCCACAAUAUACGAAUGAAAAACUGAUCACAAUACUUCUAAUAUUCAAUGGCAUCAUGAUGCUCACGUACAUCUAUCAAGAUAAACUACUUUAUGAUAGUAAUGUAAGUGUUCUCAAAAAAACGAAGACCUUAACGAGAAGCACAAACGCCUUUCAAAACAGUGAUGCCAUCGAAAAACUCUUGUGGUGGAACGCAGGUCCGAGUAAGAGACAUAAGUCACCUAGCACUACAAACAUUCCUUAUGCAAUUGAUGAGAGUGACGCAAGAUACUAUAACUUAAGGAAUAAUAAAACAUUGCAAUUCCACUGUGGACAUUGCGCUAUUGUCACAAACUCCGGCCAUGUACUUAACAGCAGCGCUGGCUCAAGAAUUGACAGCACAGAAUGUGUAUUGAGAAUGAACGCUGCGCCUACCCUAGGGUUUGAAGAGGAUGUUGGUAAACGCACCACAGUCAGAGUUAUAGGCCAUGCCAACAUAGGAAAGACUCAAAUUCUCGAAAGUGAAGAGCCUAAAAUGGUUGUUAUACCGUGGCUGUAUGUAACAGAUAUCAACAGAGAAAAGAACGUGUAUUUCAAUAUAGCGAAAAAUCUGUCUAUAAAUCACACGGGUGUUGAAUUCUAUCUAUUCAGUAAGGAUAAAGUUAAUAUAUCCGAACAAAUGUUCAAAGAAGAAACGGGAAUAAGUAUUCGGAAAGAUGCGCAUUCCUGGUUAUCAACAGGAUGGAUGACUAUGAUAUUUGCAUUAGAUGUUUGUGAUCGCAUUGAUGUUUACGGACUUGUUCCUGAAAAUCACUGCAGCAAAUUGACGAACUGGACUACACCGUAUCAUUACUACGAUCUUGAGUUCAGAUCAGAAUGCGGCUAUUAUAACGUAAGCGAAACCAGCUUAUUAAGUGGGCACAAGUUUCUAACGGAAAAGGCUGUAUAUGCAAAAUUGUAUCAAAAGUACAAUCUCAAUUUCUACCAUCCAACAUGGGAUGCCGAGGACUUGGAAACCAGUAACAACCGUACCAAUAGCACUUUCUUAGAUACCCCGUAUCAUCGACGGUAUCAACACGCUAUGGAAACUGGUGAAAUGAAAGAAGCUUUGCUCGAACUUGAAAAGAAAGAACACAAAGUUCAAAGAAUUUCAAAGAAAACACUGAGUUUGAAAGAGGCACUGAUAAAACGAAAUAAAGCUAUGAUUCAAAAGGCAUGGACAAGGAUCAAAUUAUGAAAGCACGGAGACGAACCGCAAAGGCUGCACCUAAGAGUGGAAAUUCACCGGAACAAAAUAGCACAUUGCAAGUAUGCAGUGAUCAGAAAAAUAAUCAAUCUACAGGGUAUUAAGAGAAUUCAGAAACAUAAACACUGGUAGAUAAUCUUCCUUAUGAUCGUGACAACCAAAACAGAAAGAACCUAGUAUUUUGCAUAUUAUGUCCAUCGAUUAUAUGCUGGGUCACCAAUAUAAGUGCUUAUUGGCAGGAGGGGGGACAGAUGGUGGUCUUGAGGACGAUUUCAGCAGCACUUAUUUGUUACAAGUUACCCUGCUGUCGUAUCAGAUAGUAGGCCUAUAGCACAAAAGAGUUCGUCGACUGCAGAUAUCACAGGGAUUUCGGACCCCUGUAAUUCGUCCUCAGGCUUAUCCAUAGUGAAUUCCUCGCAAACGUUACGUACCCUGCCAAGCCGUGCCUUCCGUCAGAGAUGGCUCUCAUGUACUGUCAUCCUUUUUUAACGAUAGCGUUUAACCAUAGUAUAACAAUCUACCUUAUAGAAAGGUUAUAUACUAUUACAUAUGCAUUAACAUUUACCAUUAUAUCAUAAUUCACCCCUUUCUUCCUAAUUGUUGUAAUUAUCGAUAUAACUAUACAUUAUAAUGAUAAUAUAAUGUACAAGCAUUUUUAACCAAUAUCAAAAUAAAUUAUCAAAGGCCUAGAGGUAUACAGUGGGCAGAGUGUACAAACAAAAAACGAUAAUGGUGGACAGAAAAAAAGAUAUGGUUUUUUUUUUAGUUCCAGAGUAAAAACUCUUUUAUUUGCAGACCGAAGACGAGAAUUUGGGACAUAGAGAUUGGGCGCCUAGGCCCUAUACUCGUAUUUUUAAGGAAAUAUUUACAUCUGAAACAAAUCAAAUCGUUAUGUAUACGGUGUAGGUGCAUCUUUAGGAUAGCUACCAUGUAUUUUUAUUUUAUGAGUACGGUGCAGUGCAUAUUAAACUAUUUAACGUCAACAAUUACAUUUAAAAAUAACAUUACAUUUGGAACCAGUUAUACAGUGUCAGCCGCCAAAAUAGAAACAAUUAAAUAAAAAUAGAUUUUUCAAAAUCGAAUUAGGCCUACUCAUUUAAAAAGCCAAAUAAAUUAUUCUUUUAAAAUAUAUAGUUGUAAAUAAUUUGCGCACGGUUUCUUAUAUCAAUUGUCGUAAUAUAAUAAUAAUAAUAAUAAUAAUAAGACAUUUUUAAAGCGCGCUAAUGCAUGCACAAGGCGGCCUCUAGGCGCUAUAAAAUACAUAAUAACAAGCAAAUAUUUUAAACAAGGGAAUAGCAUACAUUAAAUAGAAAAAUUUUUUUUUUUUUUUUUAACAUUAAUACAUUUAAAAGGUUCCAAUUCUACGAAAGUUAAAAAGCACGGUGAGUGAUACAUUAAAAGCCAAUGAUAAAAUAUUGCCGGAAAAGGACGGUUUUUAUAGCAGAUUUAAACGCUCCAACCGAUGUUAUACAUCUGACGUUGUCAGGCAUAGAGUUCCAUAGUGUCGGGCCGUAAACAGCAAAUACUCGAGCACCAAAGGUGGUAGUCCUUGGGAUUCCAGAUGGUCGUUCGAGUAGAUUCUGUGACGAAGAACGUAGUGUUCGUACCGGCUUAUAGCGUUUGACAAAGCAUGUAAGGUAAGAUGGUCCCAUGUCGUGCAGACAUUUAAACACAAGCAACAAGAUCUUGUACUUGAUGCGCUGGCAAACGGGCAACCAGUGUAAUUCCGCAAGAAUUGGAGUGAUGUGAUCGCAGCGUUUAGUGCGUGUUAUUAAUCUGGCUGCGGCAUUUUGGAGUCGUUGAAGACGAUUGAUGU